AUGGAAGAUGGUUUUAAAAUGAUGAGCAGUACGUUUGGUGGGUAUGAAACAAGGCUCAAGGCUAUGGAAUCAUUUGUAAACACAUUUCAGGGAUUGAAUGAUAGUGGUGAUUUUGGUGUUGAUGAUUAUAGCCCUCCAUCUAGGUUUUGGACUAAGGGUGAUUGCUUUGGUGGUGGACAGAAGGAUCUGAAGGAGCCAGAGAGUGGAGUGGAGAAGGAGACACAUGUCGAAGCUGAGAAGGAGCCAGAGAGUGGAGUGGAGAAGGAGACACAGGCCGAAGGUGAGAAGGAGCCAGAGAGUGGAGUGGAGAAGGAGACACAUGCCGAAGGUGAGAAGGAGCCAGAGAGUGGAGUGGAGAAGGUGACACAGGCCGAAGCUGAAGAGGAGCCAAAGGAAGCCGAGAAGGAGGCAGAGGCAGAAGGUGAGAAGGAGCCGGAGGCACAAGCUGAGAAGGGGGAGAGGAGUGAAGUGGAGAAGGAGGCAAAGGCAGAAGCUGAAGAAGAGGAGGAGGCAGAGACAGAAGAAGAGAAUGAAGUUGUUGGUGAGAAGAGGAUUAAGAAGCCAGCACCAGCACUAAGGACUCCCUACAUGGUCCCAAACCCAGCAGAGAGGACCAAGAAGAAUUGA